AUGGAAGAGACACUCCAGCAUCAGAACAUACCCCCACCCUGCAUUUUUGUGGAGAGGACUUUGGCUUUGAUCAAACCCGACGCUAUAGACGACGCAGAUGAAAUCGAGGAUAUAAUCCUGAGGUCAGGAUUCACCAUUUUGCAGAAGCGUAGGCUUCAGCUGAGCCCUGAGCAGUGUAGCGAUUUCUACGCAGAUCAUUAUGGACAGCCGUUUUUCAUGAGUUUGAUAGAGUUCAUGAGCUCUGGCCUGGUCAUGGCUCUUUCGCUGGCGAGGCAUCGGGCCAUCGCUACCUGGAAAGGUCUGAUGGGACCAAGUGACAGCUCCAAGGCUAGAGAGACACACCCUGACUGCCUGAGGGCUAGAUUUGGGACGUCUGACUUGAAGAAUGCUGUGCAUGGCAGCGAAACGUUUUCAGCAGCUGAAAGGGAGCUCAAAUUCAUGUUCCCCAACUCCAUCAUUGAACCCAUUCUUCAAGGCGAAGCUGCCACAGAUUACCUGCGCAGGUAUGUAAAUCCAACACUUCACACCGGGCUGACUGAGCUGUGCAAGACCAAACCAGCCGAUCCAUUGACAUGGCUGGCUGACUGGCUGAUUCAAAACAACCCAAACCAACCCAGAAUCAGUGAAGGGAUUGGACCUGAAGAUGCAGCUUGA